AUGGCGCCCGCCGCCGCCGGCCCUGCCGCCGCCAAGGUGCGGGCGGUGCGCAACAGCAACAAGCACAAGCGGCUGUUUGUGCCCGGCGAGUCAGGCGGCCUGCAGGACGGCACCAAGCUGCUCUACAAGUCCACCGCCAGCGGCGAGGGCCCCACCCUUCUGGAGGGCGUCGCCAUCAUUAACCCCAACGGCGCGUGCGGCAUCAUGUGCGGCUGCUGCCAGAAGAUCGUCUCGUGCUCGGCCUUUGAGGCCCACGCGGGCCGCGGCCAGCGCCGCGCGCCCUACGACUUCAUCUUCACCCCCGAGGGCAUCAACCUCCGCCGCAUGGCCGAGCGCCUCUCGCCGCUGCCCGAGGAGGACGCGGCGGGUGGCGGCGGCGGCGCGACAACGCUGACGUUCUCUUACGGCGCGCGGCGCGCGUACUACGGCACGCGCGGCCGCGGGCGCGGGCGCGGCGGCGCGGGGCGGUGGGAGGGCUACGAGGAGGACGAGCUGCCGCUGGAGCCCGAGCUAAUCACGGACCCGACCGGCACGGGCGCCGGCUGCGUCUUGUGCAAGGCGUCCGACUUCCUGCGCGGCGGGUUCGGCGACCGCACCAUCAUGAUCUGCGACACGUGCGAGAGGGAGUUCCACGUGGACUGCCUGCGCGGGGCCGGGCGCUGCGACCUCAAGGAGCUGCCCGCCGGCGACUGGUAUUGCAGCUGCGAGUGCGCCGUGCUGCGGGACCAGAUCGACAUCUGGGUGUCUCAGGCGGACGUGCCGCUCGGGGCAACGCACUCGCUGCAGGCCAUCCGCGGCAAGGACGGCAGCAUUGGCACCAGCAAGAAGCUGGGCACCGCGCUGGACCUGCUGCAGGGCAGCUUUGACCCCAUCAUGGACGCGGGCAACAGCGUCGACCUGCUGCCGCUCAUCGUAUACGCGCGGGCGUACCGCGAGUGGGACUUCAGCAACAUGAUGACGCUGCUGCUGCGCCACAAGGGCCGCGCCGUGUGCGUCGCCGUGCUGCGCGUGUUUGGCCCGCAGCUGGCCGAGCUGCCGCUCGUCGCGACGCGCCCCGACGCGCGGCGGCAGGGGCACGCCAAGGUGCUGGUGUCGGCGCUGGAGGCGCUGCUCUCGCGGAUGGGGGUGCGGUGCCUCGCGCUGCCGGCGGCGCACGAGGCGGAGAAGACGUGGGUGGAGGGGUUCCACUUUGAGUACAUGCCGGAGAAGCAGCAGGAGCAGGUCAAGCGUGAGCUGCGCAUGCUUAUCUUCCCGGGCACCCAGCUGCUGCGCAAGAAUCUGGAGCCGCGCGGUGCAGCGGCAGAGGCGAUCUCGCGCGCCGCGGGGGAGCUGCUGAUCGCGGAGGCGGCACAGAGGGACGCGUGCCCCAGCCCCGAGCCGCCGGCGUCGCCUGCUGCUGCUGCGGCGGCGGCGGGCGCGGCCGGUGCCACAGCGGCAGCGGACAAUGCGGAAGCAGCAGCGGCAGUCGGAGCCGGCGAGACGGCUGCGGCAAACGGGGACGCAAGGGCGGCUGGCGAGGUGGUAGGCGGCGCAGCAGGGGAGGCAGCAGGUGAGGCGGCGGUGGUGCCGCCGGCCACCAGCGGGACAGCAGCAGAGGGCGGCGACGCGCUGGCCACCGCCGCAAACGUCGACGCGGCGUCACCGCCUGUGUUAGGCGAGGGUGGGCCCUCAACUGCUGGCGCGGCGGAGGCUGCGGCCGCCGCGGAUGUGGACGCGCUGCAGACGCCACCUGCGGAUGCCAUGACCGCUGGCGAGGCCGAGGCGACGGCCGGCGCUGCGGCUGAAACAGCUGGACCCACGGCCGUACCAGCAGAGGCUAUGGAGGUCGAUGCUGCGGCUGAUACGACUGCCGAGGCUGCCGCGGCCGUGGUCGAUGCAGGCGCGGAGCAGCCAGCAGGGGCGGAGCCGCCAGCGGCACCAGUUGCGUCAAGUCUGGGGCCGGCGGCGGCUGCCGAGGCCCCACAAGUCGAUGAGCCUGCUUCCCUGCAGGCAGAGCCGCCCGUCAGAGCAGCAGAGCUCGGCCUGAGCGAUGCUAUGCAGGUGGACAGCCGCAGCGGGUCAGACCUUGCAACGCCAAGUGGCCAGCGGGAGGAGGGGCCGCAGCUGCAGCUGGUGUCAGAGCAGCAGCAGCAGCAGCAGCAGCAGCAGCAGGAGCAGCAGCAUGAGGAGCCGCGGGAUCAGCCGCAGGAGGAGCAGGCACACGGGCAGGCGCUGCAGCAGCAGGAGCAACAGCAGCAACAGCAGCAGCAGCACCAGCAGCAGCAGCAGCAGCCGGAGGGGCUGGAGGCUACCGGCGAGCUGCCGAGCCCGCAGGCAGCGCCGGCGGUGCCGCAGGGUGCACAAACAGCAGGGCCCCUACCAGCAGCAGGCGGAGCAGCAGCUGGGGGAGCAGGCGGGUGUGACGACGCUCGCAUUUAA